AUAUUUCAUAUUUCCAGCAAGCCCUCCACCUUCAUCAGUAAGCUUUCUCUGGUCGAACAGUAUGACAAUGAGAUAGGCAUCUGUUAUCUCCAUCUGGUUCUGUUUAGGGCUUUCUUCGUCGCGCUCGCUCGUAGGGCCGAAUCUGACCUGCACAUGCAUUGAUGGGAUCCGUGGAGGUCCUCGUAGCAACGGCCUGUCGACUGCGCCGAGUGGAGUCGAUGUCUAUGCGUCGACGAAGAGACUAUGCUUCGAGAAUUGAGGCUGACCCUUUGGACUUAGCAGCAACCUCCCUCAUUCAUGGAUCAUCGCAAGCGAUCGGCGUCAAACGGGACGCUAGGGGGAACGCCGCCUCCACUCAUGAGGAAGUGUCAUCUGGUCGUUUCCCUGAACAGGAGGCUUUUUGCCCCUCUCAGGAGUCCGUGUCGCUCUCUGAGAUAGGAGCUGAUGGUAUGCAUUCAACGGCAUCUCCAUCCAUGGCCGAAUUCAGGUCUGAUCGUUCCAGAUGCCAUGUUUCAAGAAGAAGGACGCAGACUGCUUCUGGAAUCGUUGAACGGGACGCUAUGAAGCCUGAUUCGUCGUUCUCGAUUGAGAAGACGGAUAUCACUCCGGUUGAGGGAGGAUCGAGCCGCAUGCUUCCUGGUGUCACGUGCGAAGAGCAGCUAGACGAAGAUGACGAUGAUUUGACCACUAUCGUUCAUCCAUCUCCGAAGCGACAACGAUCGGCAGAGUCGAUUGGUUAUAAAGAAACUGUUGUGACCUCUCCUGGCCAGUCUAAUGACAGAAAUAGCACUCCUGGAGUCCGUGAUUCGAAAGAUUCUGCUGUUGUGGUCAAGGCGACAGCCGUGUACGAUACUGAAAUCUGGAAUAAUCUCCUUCUCAAGGAACAGCAAGUUCAGUCUCCAUGGGGAUACAUAGGUUCGUCUCAGAAAAAUCUGUUACCUGAUCACAGACGCAUUAUGGUCAACUGGCUCGUCGAGUUCGCGGAGGAGUUUGAGCUUCAAUGCGAGACCUUGUCCCUUGGAGUGAACAUUCUGGACCGGGUUCUUGCUGACGGCCCUCCAGUUCAAACUGGCGAUCUUCAAUUGUUGGGGACGGCCUGUAUGCUGGUUGCAGUUAAAUUCCAGGAGUCUCAGCCUCCCAACAUGGUUCAAUGCUGCUGUCAGGCAGCCGAGGGAAGCUUCACUCAAGAACAGGUGCUUCAGAAAGAGUUUGAUGUGCUGAAGACCAUCAAGUUCGACUGUGCCAUUCCAACCGUACAUACCUUCUUAUGGCAUCAUCUUAAGGCGGUUGAUGCAGAUGCCAAGCUGGAACAGAUGGCUGAUUACAUUGCGUGCUCUUCACUGUUGGAAUAUGAUCUUCUCAAGUAUCACCCAUCUGCCAUCUCAGCAGCUACUGUUAAGCUCGCUGCGUCUCUCCUGGAAGGCACAUCAUGGACUUCCAGCAUGGAGUUAUUGGCAGGAUACAGUGCAUCAGGUGUUAAAGACAUCAUCAAAAUUCUCCAGCAGGAACUCUUAGCACCACCCAAACCCUCACUGACUGCAUUGAAGACUAAAUUUGAGCGAGAGCAGCAUUUCGACGUGGCGUCCUUGCUUCAUGAUUGCAUUGGGAGUAUCUGCCCUACACGCCUGCCUAACGGCAGUGGCACAGUCUAGUAUGGUAGUCUCAUGAGAAACGAAUAAGGUGCUGUGAUGGGUUUCCUGUGGUUUGAAGCACCAUCCUGUCCUGUGAUGCUGCUCCAAUGUGAUAUCACAUACCGUAUAUUAAAGCGCGUGGCGCAUAAACGAGCAUAACUGUU